CUUUUCCCCCCCUCCCUCCCUUCCUUCUUGGCCAAGUCCUUGAAGGGACCCGAAGACGGCAGCCUGGCUGAAAGUACCGGCGGGUUGAAACUGACUAGACCCCCGCCGCUGAGCGCCAAGCAAGCCGGGCUGAAAUUCAGCGGGCCGCCGCCGCCGCCUCCGCCGCCGGCUUCGUCCUCUUUCCCCCCUCUGGCCAUUUCGGCCUGGGGGGCCUCGCUCUUCCCUCCUGGCUUUGUGGAUGUCCCGAUGAGAGAUCCAGCGUUCCCGGGGGCUGCGAUGGCUUACCACCCCUUCCACGCGCCCAGGCCAGCCGACUUCCCCAUGUCCGCCUUCUUAGCGGCCGCUCAGCCUUCGUUCUUCCCGGCUCUGGCUCUGCCUCCCGCCGCCCUCGCCAAACCUUUGACGGAUCCCAGCUUGGCUGGAGCCGCCGCCGAGGCCGGCUUGCACGUCUCGGCUCUCGGACAUCAUCACCAGGCUGCCCAUCUGCGGUCCCUGAAAAGCUUGGAGCCGGAAGAAGAGGUGGAAGACGACCCCAAAGUCACGCUGGAAGCUAAAGACCUUUGGGACGAAUUCCACAAACUAGGCACCGAGAUGGUGAUCACGAAAUCGGGAAGACGGAUGUUCCCCCCUUUCAAAGUUCGGGUCAGCGGCCUGGAUAAGAAAGCCAAAUACAUCCUGCUGAUGGAUAUUGUGGCCGCCGACGAUUGUCGCUACAAGUUCCACAACUCGCGUUGGAUGGUGGCCGGCAAGGCCGACCCGGAGAUGCCGAAGAGGAUGUACAUCCAUCCGGACAGUCCAGCGACGGGCGAGCAGUGGAUGGCCAAGCCAGUGGCCUUCCAUAAGCUGAAGCUCACCAAUAACAUAUCAGACAAGCAUGGAUUU